AUGAACUUGGUAUUCUUACCUAAUGAACUAUUACUAUAUUUAUUUGAAUAUUUAACAACUCUUGAUCUUUUUCAAGCGUUUUAUGGUCUAAAUUUACGUUUUAACACUCUCAUACUAAUUCAUUGUCGAAAAUGUCGUCUUGAUUUUCAAUCAAUAACAAAAACAGAUUUUGAUAUUAUCUGUAAAAAUUAUCUUCCAUGUAUUAUCGAUCGAAUUAUAUCUCUUCGUCUUUCGGAUGAUGAUAAUACUCCUCAACAAAUUGGUCUUUUUCUUUCAUAUAAUUUUCAAUUAGAACAAUUUAUUAAUUUACAAACAUUAUCAUUAUCAAAUAUUCAUUCUUCAUAUAUACUUGAUAAAUUAAUAACUGAAUGUUCACAUCUUUUAUCUCUUACACAUCUUACAUUGACAAAGUGUUAUAUUUCAAUGAAUCGAAAUAAUGCUAAUCAAUUAUAUAGUAAAAUUUGGAGUUUAUCAAAAUUAAAAUAUUGUUAUAUUGAUAUUAGUUUUGCUCAUGGAAGUUGUUUUCCAAUGCCAACAAUUAUUUCAACAUCACUUAAACAUUUAUCAAUAAUAAAUAUGUCUUGUUAUUUAAAUGAAUUAAUUCAUUUAUUUCAAUCAACACCUUAUCUUCAAUAUUUAUCCAUUGAUUUUAUGGAUUAUGCUAAUGAUUAUGAAUUAUCAUUACCGAUUUUGUCAAUUACUCAUUUAAAACUUUCUUUUGAUAGUUCAUUAAAUAUUUUACAAUAUCUUUUACAAAAUAUGCCUGAUCUAUGUGAUUUAACAUUAGAAACAUGUAAUAUUUAUAUGGAUGGAUAUCAAUGGGAAGAAUUAAUACGUAGAUACUUAUCAAAAUUAAAAAUAUUUCGAUUUAAAAUGAGAUUUUCAGCAUUAAAUGAUGAAAGUAAAGAAAUUCAAUCAAAUCAAAUACUUGAUUCAUUUCGAACUAAUUUUUGGUUAGAUGAACAUCAAUGGUUUGUACGAUGUCAUUGGUAUUCUUCCGAUGAACAAUAUCAUUUUGAUUUCAUUGAUCUAUUUACUUUACCAUAUGGAUUUAAAGAUUUUCUUAGUUAUACAGGUUGUACAUUAGCAAAAUCAACUUGUUCUAGUGAUAAUGAAUAUUGGUCAUAUGAUCAUGUGAAUAAUUUAUGUUAUGGAUCUUCACAUUUUACAAGUUCGAUUAUGUCACGUGUUCGUUUUUCUAAUAUUCAAUAUCUUUCAUUAUCACUUCCAUUCAAUGAUCAAUUCUUAUUAGUUGUUUCUAAACUUGAUCGAUUAACAUCAUUAUGUAUAUCAAUAAAUAAUCAUAAAAAAACUGAUAAUGUUCUAUCGCAAUUACAAACACUACUUGAUCAAGCACCUUGUUUAUAUUCAUUAAGUCUUGAUGCAUGGCCUUCAUUAAAUCAACAAGUACCAUUAAUGGAAAAUAUUUGUCCAUCAAUUCGAAGAUUAAAUUUUCAAGGAUAUGCGCGUGGUAAAAAUUGGUGCUAUUUUAAUGAUGAACAAUGUCGUCAAUUAAGUCAUUCUCCAUUGGGCAUUCAAUGUGAAACACUUUUGAUUAAAGUUAAAAAUCGAAGAAAUAUCCUUGAUCUUGUGAAUAGUAUGUCUCAUCUUCGAGCAUUAAAUGUUCGAUGUGAAGAUGAUCCGUGGAUGAUUCAAAAGAAUACGUUAUCACAAACAAAAGACGAACUUAUUGAAUGGCUACAACAUAAUUUACCUUCAUCAUCUAUGAUUAUGAGAGAUACGCGGCAGAUUCAUGCUAUUAGAUUAUGGAUUCGUUAA